ACAUCCAGCACCAUCUCUACACCCACCAGCACCAGCUCCAUACCCACCACUAGCCACUCUCAUACCAACAAUAGCUCUACAUCCAGCACCAUCUCUACACCCACCAGCACCACCUCCAUACCCACCACUAGCAGCUCUGAAACUGCAAGUAGCACCUCUACACCCACCAGUAGUAGCUCUACAUCCAGCGCCACCUCUCCAAUAACAACCACUAGCAGCUCAACACCCACCAGCAGCGGCUCUGCAACCUCCAGUAGCACUCCCACACCAACAAGUACCAGCUCUCUCUACAUCCAGCGCCACCUCUCCAAUAACAACCACGAGCAGUUCAACGCCUACAAGGAGCAGCUCUACACCCACCAUGGCAGCCCUACAUCCAGCACCACCUCUCCAAUAACAACCACUAGCAGUUCAACUCCUACAAGUAGUAGCUCUACACCCAGCAUAGCACCCCCACACCAACAAUCUGAAACUGCAAGUAGCACCUCUACACCCACCAGUAGUAGC